UUCAAACGUUGGAUAUUCAAAAAUAUCUGUUCCUUUCCAUUCUCUAAAACCCCAAAUUCACCAAAACGAGAUGAAUCCAAACCCCCUUUCAUGGAUUUUCUUCGUUUUUUCCCAUUUCUAUUAGAAAAUGCCUAUCAAAGAGCGUUCAGUCUCGUCGCCCCUCCCCUCUCCAUCGGAUUUCUACGCCUCCCUCAUCCAAACAUGCCUCAGAAACAAAAACCUAAUUGCCGGAAAAUCGAUUCAUGCUCACACAAUCAAAGCUGGGCUUCACCUGGGUGUAUACUUGAUGAACAAUCUCGUCAAUUUCUACGCGAAAAAUGGAUUGAUUUCCGACGCACAUUGCCUUUUCGAUGAAAUGCCAUUGAGGAAUACACACUCUUGGAACACCAUUCUCUCGGCAUAUGCCAAAAGUGAUCGAAUUGACACCGCGUGCUGUAUGUUCGAGAAAAUGCCUGAGCGGGACUCGGUUUCUUGGACUACUAUGAUUGUUGGUUACAACGAGAUGGGUCUGUUCAAAAAUGCGAUUCAUAUGUUUUUAAAGAUGAUUUGGGCUAGAAUCGCACCUACUCAAUUUACAUUAACUAAUAUUCUUACCUCUUGUGCUGCGUUGGAAACUUUGGAUAUUGGCAAGAAGGUGCACUCUUUCGUGAUUAAACUUGGUUUGACUAGCUGCAUUCCUGUGGCUAAUUCCCUUCUUAACAUGUAUGGAAAGUCUGGGGAUUUGAAUACAGCGAAGGUUGUUUUUGAUAGGAUGAGAUUGAAGAGUGUGUCGAGUUGGAACACAAUGAUAUCCUUGUAUACCCAAUCCGGUCGGCUCGAUCUUGCCCAAGCCCAAUUUGAACAGAUGAUGGAGCGGGACAUCAUCUCAUGGAAUUCGAUCAUUGCGGGAUACAAUCAGCAUGGGUUAGAUUGUGAUGCACUGGGGUUUUUCUCACAAAUGCUGAGAGAACCAUCUGUGGCACCCGAUAGCUUCACGUUUGCUAGUGUUCUUUCGGCUUGUGCCAAUCUUGAACUGUUGAGGAUUGGCAGGCAAAUCCAUGCCCAUAUCAUUAGAACUGAAUUUGAUUCUUGUGGGCCUGUUGGGAAUGCUUUGAUCUCAAUGUAUGCCAAGUCGGGUGGUGUUGAAAUCGCCAGAAAGAUUGUCGAACGCACCAUCAUUGCUGAUCUCAGUGUGAUAUCGUUUACAGCGCUGCUUGAAGGCUAUAUCAGGCUUGGCGAUUUACAACCAGCUAGGCAGAUCUUCAGCUCAAUGAGGGACAGAGAUGUGGUCGCAUGGACAGCCAUGAUAGUUGGAUACGUGCAAAAUGGUUUCAACAAUGCUGCGAUGGAGCUCUUCAGGUCGAUGGUGAAUGAAGGGCCUAAACCGAAUAAUUACACUCUAGCGGCCAUGUUGAGUGUUUCUUCGAGCUUGGCGUCGCUGGGUCAUGGCAAGCAGAUUCACGCAAUUGCCAUCAGAUCGGGAGAAGACUCGUCGGUUUCUAUAAAAAAUGCGCUCAUUACAAUGUAUGCUAAAUCUGGAAGCAUUGCAGGGGCAAUGCGUGUAUUUGAUCAGGCUCGUUGGAGCCAAGAUACUGUUACAUGGACCUCCAUGAUCAUAGCUUUAGCACAACAUGGGUUUGGUGUAGAAGCCAUUGAACUGUUUGAUAAGAUGCUAAGCUCAGGAGUCGUGCCCGAUCAUAUAACUUACGUUGGCGUGCUUUCAGCGUGCACCCACGCAGGGUUGGUGGAACAAGGCAGGAACUAUUUCAAAUCGAUGCAGAGCAUUCACAAGAUCGAGCCCACCCCUAGCCAUUAUGCAUGCAUGAUUGACCUUUUUGGGCGUGCGGGAUUGCUCCGGGAAGCCCAAGAAUUCAUAGAGGAUAUGCCAAUUGAGCCAGAUGUUAUAGCUUGGGGUUCACUUCUUGCUGCUUGCAAGGUUUACAAGAACACGGAGGUGGCAAAGAUUGCGGCGGAGAGAUUACUAGUUAUCGAUCCUGAGCACAGCGGGGCAUACUCUUCACUCGCGAAUGUGUAUUCAGCAUGUGGCCGGUGGGAGGAUGCCGCCAAAACUAGAAAGCUGAUGAGGGAUAGAGGAGUGAAGAAAGACCAAGGGUUCAGUUGGAUUCAGAUCAAGAACAGUGUUCAUGUAUUCGGAGUUGAAGAUGGCUCCCACCCUAAAAGAGACGCGAUCUAUGUAAUGGUCGCAAAGAUUUGGAUAGAAAUCAAGAAAGCAGGUUUUGUUCCAGACACUGAUUCGGUGUUGCAUGACAUCGACGAAGAGCUGAAGGAACAGGCGCUCAGUCGUCACAGUGAGAAACUCGCGAUUGCAUUUGGGUUGAUCAGUACUCCUGAGAAGAUGACGCUGAGGAUUAUGAAGAAUCUUAGGGUCUGCAAUGACUGUCACUCUGCAAUCAAGUUCAUAUCCAAGGUCACGGAGAGAGAAAUCGUGGUGAGAGAUGCGAACCGUUUUCACCAUUUCAAGGAUGGGUCAUGUUCGUGUAAGGAUUAUUGGUAGGAGAAAUUUAGAAAAUGAGUCUGAUCCUGCGGAAGAUUGUAGACUUCAAUGGUUAAUUAUUCUUGAGGUUAGCUUGAGUUGCAGAUUAGCAAAGAAACUAGAUUUUCAAUGACAAACUUAAGUCUCCACUCAAUACAUUGCUGAAAGUGAUUGAAAGCAACACUUGAAACUUCUGCGACUCCUACCAAAAAAAAAGGGAACAAUGAUUAAGAACAGCAAGGUGGCAUAUCCCAGAUUGUGAUUUGGAUUGAAGGCUGGUUGAGUGCAGUUCUUUCGACAAUAGGUUCACAUCCUUUGGAGAAUCACCGUUCUUACUAUCUUAGGGGCUAUCUUAGGGGAAGCGAUGAAUGAUAGCAUAUGUAGAGAGGAAGAUCUUCUCUUCAUUGAAGUCAAUGGAAAGCACUAAAAAUCUCUCAGUCAUUAGUUGGGCCAUAACAUGGAAACUGGAAAGGGUCUCAGGGCACUUCAAUGCAUGCAAUGCCAAUCUGCAAAAAAAAAAAGAAGAAAAAAAAGAAGGCAUUCGAAGAACAGUGGUAUGGUGGAAUGUGCGACUGCUCCCGCAAGUGUUCUCAAGUUCAAUUUCAAUAGGAGCUCCAUAGGUUGGUGAGAUCAGGGCUAAGCAGAGUUGGAGGAAUGUCGAAGAACAAACCGGGCUGGUUUUCCAAGUCCUAUCAAUGAGAAAGAUUGUAAUGAAGCUCAUGCAAAGCGCUUCGUGCAGUCCCAAGACGAUUGAGUCUUGGUUGAUCUGUUUAUGGUGGAAGGAGAUUCUUCUGACAUAUCUAAUCUCGGAUUUGGACAGAACCUCAGCCAAGCAGAGGCUUGAAAGCUUAAGAGUAUUUACAGCAAUAUUGUUUGCAAUGUUUUACCUCCGCAAACUUGAUACUGUCGGGGGUUUAGCUAUGGAUGAUUUCCCAGAGCUCCGGGGUUUCAACACAGAACAAUGUAGAUUGUAGGGGGCAUUUCUCGCCAUCAUCUUUUACCAUUUUCUGAGUUCUUCUCUUGGAGUUUCUUUGGGUUUGUUAGCACUCAGCACUGAGGUACUUGGGCUGAUAGUUGGUAAGGUACAUUUGGGAUUUUAGUUCGUAUUCACUAAUCCAAACCAAUGCUGUGAUGCCCCUCACGAUGGAUGGAUCGCCCAGGGAAAAAAGAAAAGAAAAAACCCAAAAAUUGGAAGAUCCUGGUUAUAGAAUAUUCUGGCCUUUCAUGUUGUGUUUGCUUUCUUCAACUGCCUCUCUGUUGGGCCACCUACCGAAGUGUUGAGAUUUUUCCAUUUGGGAGACAUGGGGUGCAUGGACCAUCCACGACAGGUACAAUGGUUUGGAUUACAGAACGAUGGUGCCACGUGUGCAAACUGAUUGCCUGAACGGUACUGUACAAUCAUUCGGACAGAGAAUUGUACAAUCUCUCCAGAAUCUGUUCUAUCUGGUGUGGAGUAUAUUUCCCACCAGGAAACCCGUCCCCAUUUUUAUAUUUUAGCAUAAUGAAAUCUAUAGUUUAGCA